ACCACAAAAAACAGUGAUCCCUCUUUAUUUUAUCUUUCAAAAACCAUUUAUAUAAUUUUUUAAAAUUGUUAAAAUUAAACUCCGUAUUAAAAAAUGAACUCCCCUCCCACCAGCAACCCCACCCCCGCCGAUGACCAGUGACCCACCCUAAACCCCCGACUCAACCCUUCCCCCGGCACGGACGACCCAAUUGGCCAUCAGCACUAUGGUGUACACACGUUCACCUGCACUCGCACACACAAACACACACUGCCACGCCCCUAUAAAAACAAAAAGAAAAAGUACUAAAACGAAAAGGGUCGACAUGGCCAUUUACUUACCCGUAGCUUCAAAGUUCAUCUAAUAUGAUCUUUGGCCAAAUAACAACACAAAAAUCACUCUCCAUUUCUUCAAAAACCAGCUGCCAGCCAUGGCAACAGCUUAUCUACUCUCCUCACCUUCUUCCUUCAAAUUUAUCCCCAAAACCCAUUACUCCACCUCACUUCUUCCUCUCAAAAAUCCCUCAUUUCUCUCAUUAACAACAACUCCCACUACCCCAAAUCCCUCCAAAAGGCUAAUCCUUUGCAAAUCCAAGAAAAAUGAUGAAAAUAUUGAUGCCCCAGAUCGAUUAAUCUCAGCAAUUUGCUAUUUUUACCCCCUUUUUGAUGGGAUUCAAUAUGGAAAAUAUGUAAUUACCCAAUUCACCCCUCUUCAACUCAUUAUUCAGCCUCUAAUUCCAGCUAUUAAGGUCUUCAAAAGCUUCCCACUCAAUGGUGUUUUGGUCUUUUUUACCCUGUAUUUUGUUGUUGUAAGAAAUCAGAAUUUCAGUAAAUAUGUGAGGUUUAAUACUAUGCAAGCAAUUGUUCUUGAUAUUCUGCUGAUUUUUCCUGAUCUUUUGGAGAGAAGUUUUAAUCCAAAAGAUGGGAUUGGGUUGGAUUUGAUGAUGAGUUUGGAUAGCACUGUGUUUUUGUUUUUGUUGGUUAGUUUGAUUUAUGGGUCUUAUUCUUGUGCUCUUGGUCAAGUGCCUAGAUUGCCUAUUGUUGCUGAAGCUGCUGAGAGGCAAGUCCUUUAAAUUUCACUUCACUAAGAUUAUUAUUGUUGUUUUUAUUUAAUUAUGUUGUUUAUAAUCUUCUCUGUUACAAAAACUGUAUCAAAUUAUUGUAUACUUUGGAAUUAUUAUGAACAAGGGUAGUUUCUUUUGUAUCAUUGAUAUUUUGAUAUAGAUGAAUAGAAUUAGAAUUUGGGAAU